AUCCUCUGAUCGACCACUAUUCCCUUUCAGUGUCGGUCUCUCUGUAUCUUUCCCGCAGUCUCUCUUCCUAUCUCUUCAAGUCGGUUUACUAAACCCCUUAAUUUCCUGCUAAACCUUUCAUUUUUUGAGCGGGUCUAAUCAGUUGUUCUUCUAGUUGAAAUCAAGAAUCAAGUGUGAUUUAUCUGCCAUUUCUUGUUCUGGGUUUUGCUUAAUUUUUGGUAUUAGUAGUUUUAGGUGUGAUCAUUGAAGCUGUGGUGAUCAAGGUUGUUCUGUUGGAUGUUAUUUUCACUUGGUCUUUCUAGUUAAUCAGUUGAUCAAAGUGAUGAAUCUACGUGAUAAAGGUUCGGGAUCUGAGGAUAUGAUGAGGCAAAGAGAAAGAGAAAACAGCGAAAGCCAACUCAAAACAUGUGUUGAUUGUGGUACCACUAAAACCCCUCUUUGGCGUGGUGGCCCUGCUGGCCCUAAGUCAUUGUGUAAUGCGUGUGGGAUCAGGAGCAGGAAGAAGAGAAGAGCACUUGUCGGAUUGGACAAGAAAUUGAAGAAAUCAUCUGAAAAUAAAAACCAGUGCAGUAACACUAGUACGAGCAGCAGUGGAGAUAGUACCAGCAGCAGCAGUAAUGGUUCUUUAUUGUUGCCUUUUGGUAGACAAGUAGUAGCAUUGCAGAGACCAAGAUCAAGAUCAAGUUCAAGACCAAGAUCAAGAUCAAGAUCAACUCACAAGCUUGGUGAAGUAGAACAAGCUGCUAUCUUGUUGAUGGCUCUCUCUUGCGCCUCUGUUUAUGCUUAAAUCAAACAGAAAUGUUGUUCUAGGGCCUGUGAUGGUUGUACCUUUUUUGCUUGGUGAGAUGAGUGUAUGAACAGAGAAUGAUAAAACAAGUUGGCUCUCCUUUGAAUUGAAAGUGCUCUAUCCUUUUAAAUUUA